ACCAUUUCCCAGAAAGCUUUCCAUAAAACAACAAAUAUGGCGUACACUGGUUUCCGUACGUGAUUCGAAUACGCAAAAUUUCAGUCGACAAGCUAAAGCGGCGAGAGCCUGCACAACGCUGCGGAGAGAUUCCCACUGCGGUACCACCUCGCCGCAGCGACAACAGUCCACAAAAUGUCUUCGCCGAAGACGAAAACACCGGGUCGCAGCGCCGGCGGAGGUAGCGGGGGGAGCCCGGGACCCGGCGGCACCAACAACGGCCGCUACGAGUUCAUUUCGCUCACCAAGCCGCUGAGCCGGUCGUCGACGCCGCCUCAUCUCCUCCAGCGACAGAGCUCCGACUCGGCCACCGCGCGGCUCCGCGCUUCGGAGAGCCCCACUCGUCGCCGCGGCUCCAGCUCGUCCACCGGCUCCGGGACGCUGGAGGAGGACGGCAUCCGACUCAACCCGUCGCUCCUUCGCGUGGCCCUCAGCUCGUUGCUCGCCAUCGACCUCUGGUUGUCCAAGAGUCUGGGGGUGUGCGCCCGGGAGGACUCUUCGUGGGGGAGUGCGCGGCCCCUCAUGAAGCUCAUCGAGGUGACUGGCCACGGUAUCCCCUGGCUGGUCGGAACCGCCUACUGCCUCUACAAGAGUGACAGUGCUGCUGGCCAGGAGGUCAUGCUCAACCUUCUCAUGGGUCUGCUGUUAGAUCUGAUCCUAGUGGCCAUCGUGAAGGCGACGGUGCGGCGACGGCGGCCAGCCCACAACCGCAUGGACAUGUUUGCCACCUUCUCGGUGGACCGCUAUUCCUUCCCGUCUGGCCACGCUACCCGUGCCGCUAUGUGUGCCCGCUUCCUGCUAGCACACCUGGUGCUAGCCGCCCCGCUGCGGGUCCUGGUGCUGUUGUGGGCGGCCACAGUGGGGCUGAGCCGCGUCAUGUUAGGCCGCCACAACGUCACCGAUGUGGCUUUCGGUUUCUGGAUGGGCUACUGCCAGUACAGACUCCUGGAGAUGCUGUGGCUCUCACCUCAGAGCCUGCAAGCCCUUUUGGGACACAUCGCAUAACAGAGACUUUUUGUUAUUAUUGUUGUUAUUUGGGAAUGCUGAAGAGCAGUCGCACAAUUUUUUGUCAUGAUUCCAUGAUUCUCAGCUGACUCAAACCAGUCUGACCAAAAAAUAUUCACAAACUUCAGUACAUCUUGGCUGACCGUUGACAUUUUUAGCAUUCCACAUUUUUCAGUGAACGUAUUAUGAAUGUAACUCAUGCUUCCAUAUUUGUAAUCCUGUUCAAACCAUUUCAACUGUAAAAUAUUCUUACAAUUCAGGACAUCUUGAAACCAUUUUCCCCAAAUUUCCCAAAAAAUUUUGAGAAAUAUAUUUAAUGAAAAUGUAUGAGACUCCUAUAAACCAUUUUUAAAAUCUUCCAAAUAUCCUAUUUCCUUUUACCCAUUUUACAUACUUCCUGUAUCUAAUUUAAACACAACUGAUCAGGCACUCCCAAUUCUAAAUGUUUACAAUGUUCUUGGAGUAAAUUUUCCCCAAAUAAAAAACUUUAGCCAAAGUUUCACAUUUUUCACAAAAAUUUGGUUAUAAUUCAUGCUUUUUCCAAAUAAUUCAAACUUACAUAGAUCUCACUCAAACGAACCAUUCUUCCACAUUCCACAUAUUCCCUCAUUUUCUACCACAAUACAUAUUUGAGGCGAUAUUCCCAAAGAAAUGGAAAUAUUUUACACAUUUACCUUCUAAGCAUUCCAAUUUUAGAAUAUUUACAAAAUCCAGAACAUUUUAUGAAGCGCCACAUAGAUUAUUACUAGUGUGGAUUUGGUCAGUGGAAAGCCGAUAAAUUAAAUAAAGGCAUUCAAAAUUUCUUUCAUUUGAAUUCAGUCUUGGGCGGCUCUUCAGCAUUCACCUGCAAUUUUUCCAGAUAUUGCACUCUAGUUCUUAGUUUUUAUUGCCGCUACACUACUGUGUUUAUUUGAAAUAUGUAAUGUGCCACAAGAGGGAAGUGUUGGUGCAUUCCAAUACUUUUCAUCUGCUGUAGUUUUGUAUUGUGCCACCUAAAUGCAGUUUUAGCUGUUUCUAAAUGCUAUUCUUGCAAUCCAAAAAAUCAACAGGGUUAUUAGUUUACCAUUCAGGAAAUGCUGUAAAUAUAUUUGAAUGCUUCAGUUAAUUGCGUCUAGAUUUUUUAUUUUUUAUCGCUGACAGAGGCGAAUGUUGCUUGAAAUCAGUAGGGUUCUUUCUUUAACAUGUUUACAUAUAAUUUCUGAAGGCAAUGUGACUAGUAGACAAGUGAUGGACAAUGUAAAUGGUUUUUUAUCCUUUUUUUCACAUGCACUACCGAACCCCCCUGGUGUCUGGGUCGCGGAAACUUUGUCAUAGGUUAAUCAGUGGGUACAGUUUACUGAUUUGUACCCACAGAUGAGUUAACUGUACACAAGGGGUGUCCAAACUAUUAAACAUAGGGCUGCAAUAGGUGCUGGAUUUCAUUCCAGCAAAACAAGAUGACACUGUUUCACCAGUCUGGUGUUUUACAAGUGUAAUCAGGUGCUGCUUGUUUUGGGAGAAACUUAAUUGGUUAAACUGUCUGUGCUCAAUUGGUAGGAACAAGAAAACAGGGCCCGCAGCGGCCCUCGAGGACCAGUUUGGACACCCAUACUGUACACAGAUAAAUAAUAUCACAAACAAUAUGCAUCCACAUAUUACUAAUCUGUACUCGCAUUACUAAACUGGGUACGAAUGAUCUAUAAGAACAAAUAUUUUCCUCUGUCCUGGCACCAGGGAGCUUCGUACCUGCCAAUUUGCUCAUCAUCCAAAAUCAUUUCUAUGUUCUUGUUUUGUCAUGCAGCACCUAAUGUAAAUUGUUUUGAAUGCUUAUAAAUAUUGUCCACUCAAGAGUUUGAAAUAUUGUUCCCUGUUCAAAAUCCUGACACAGCAAAUUUUAAAAGUUAAAAUCUGAGUGUGGCCAGUUUUUCCCCUAUAAUGUAAAGUUGACGUGAGUCUGCAGUUGAAUUUCUGAGUAAAAUGGUAGAGAAAUUAAAGGGACA